CCAAUCCAGUCCUAACUGAUCCUUUUGCUAGUAAUUUGCUGAAUGGAGCAAUCCUCACGGCCUACAAAGCAAGCAAAGCACUGCAAUCUUCUCCUAAGGCCCGGCUUUACUUCUCGAUGAGAGCACACUAUGAUGAGGCGCAUUAGGCGGCCUCUACUGCAGCGAUCGAAUCCACCUGGAUUAGCCUGGGUUCGUUGUGCUCGCUUCUCUUUACCAGCGCACUUGACGACCGCCAAAGAAUCGUACUCAACCAUGCCUUCCAAGGCCGAUAUCACCAGAGUGUGUUGCUUGGCUUCAUCCCUGCUUGACGACGGGUCUUUCAAUUGUAGAUGUGUGGAUAUAAUCGAAGGAAAGUCCCACCGGGCCUUCCUGCUUACCAUGGAUGAUGGGCGUGAAGUUCUUGUGAAGACACCUCGGACAGUUGCUGGAUCAGAUUGCUUCGCGAUUGCCUCUGAAGUGGCGACGCUCAAAAUCUUGCGUCAGUUGACGUCCCUGCCGGUUCCACGCGUCCUUGCGUGGAAUGCAGACUCGGCAAACGAAAUCGGGUUGGAAUAUAUCAUCAUGGAGAAGACUCCCGGGGUCGGCUUGGAUGGGAUCUGGGAGGGGCUGAGCACUCUGCAACGGUACAGUAUUAUCGAAAAGGUCGUCGCUAUGGAAAAGGAGCUUGCCUGUCUGAAGUUUCCGGCUUAUGGAGCACUCUAUCUCCGGGGCUCUGAGCCUGCUAAACUGAGGUAUCAUCCCGUCUCGGACGCGCUAGACAGCCCAGACUCUUUCUGCAUCGGACCGUUGUGUAAUGCGCGCUCAAAGCAGGGUAAUGUUGAAUCAUCCCGGGAUUCAGGCACUUCCGGCCCCUGGGCAUCACUCGCAGAGUUUGCAUCAUCGUCAACUCAAUUAAAGACAAGGAUAAAGCAAACCUGUCAAAAGGAUGACGGGGGCGAACUUCAAUCCACCAUGCACGAAAACCCCGACCUUCCGGACCCAGAGGGCCAGGACUUGCUUGAGAGCAUUUCCAUCAUAUUACCUAUUUUAUGCUCGGAUCAUCGCAUUCUGAAGGUCUCCAAGCCCACCUUAUGGCAUCCAGGUCUAUCGCUUGACAAUAUUCUCGUUUCGGCCACUGAGCCUACAAGAAUUCUUGAGAUAAUCGGCUGGCGGUCCGCCGCGAUCCUCCCCCUGUUUCUCCAAUCGCGAUUCCCCAGGUUCUUAGCAACCCCUCCCAACUACCAUCCUGGCGAUCCGCUUCCCAGCUUAGCUGGGUUCGCUUCUUGGAGUCCGGAGCAAAAGCAAAGCGUCCUCCAGGUACAAGAUAUACUGGCUCGUUCCAGGUAUUACGAGAUGUGCAUAAUGGAGCACGACAGUCACUUGACACAUGAGGCGAUGAAUCUGGAUCGCAACCUGAGUGGCCUAUUUCGAUGUCGAGAUUCAUUGGACCUGGCUGAUGGGGACUCGAAGCUCCGUAGCCAUUUGAAUUCUAUAGCUGCCAAUUGGACCGGAUUAGGCCUGCCAGGGACCUGUCCUGUCACGAUCCGCGGCGGGAAGAGCAGGCAGUGCAGCAUGCGGUGGGAGGGGGUCUCACGCUCUUGACGCCUGUUAUGGAGAAAAGCUCGGGGGACUCCCUUAGAGGCAGUUGAAUGUCCUGCUCAGAUUAGCUAGUAAGUAAUGUCGUAAGGGCGUUGCUCCCCAUCUUUUGCCUUCUUCGUAACAACCGGCCCUGGAAGAAGUUUCAUGAGACUUUUUUCAGGUUUCGAUGCCAAUAGCCUUAGCUAGCUCGCACUGGAUAUAGAGUCUUUCACAAU